GGUCCAGCUGUGUUAAUCCUUGGUCGCUCUCUUCACUCUCACUCUCCAUUUUCUCAACUCGGGCUGAAUGCUCGACGCGACUUGAUGCGCAUCAGCUUCAAUGGCUGAGCUGUAUCCUUCCCUGGCGCAAUGCGCCAUCGUCGCGACGGCGUUCAAGAUCCUCCUCUUCCCCGCUUACAAAUCUACCGAUUUCGAAGUACAUCGCAAUUGGCUCGCCAUUACGCAUUCGCUGCCGGUCAAGGAGUGGUAUUAUGAGAAAACAUCGGAAUGGACGUUGGACUAUCCGCCCUUCUUCGCUGCUUUUGAGUGGCUUCUGUCGCAAGCAGCCCGUUAUGCAGACCCGGCCAUGUUGGUUGUGAGCAAUGUCAACUAUGACUCUUGGGAGACGGUUUAUUUUCAGAGAGCGACGGUUAUUCUCACGGAGCUUGUCCUGGUUUAUGCGCUGAGCAGGUUCAUCAAGUCCGUACCUCAACCGAACACGCAUCUUGCCCAUAUCGCUAGCCUUUCGAUCCUGCUGUCCCCCGGACUCCUGAUCAUCGACCACAUCCAUUUCCAAUACAACGGAUUCUUGUAUGGACUCCUGAUACUGUCGAUCGUCCUGGCCCGCAAACAGUCGACCCUUCUCUACAGUGGCAUCACAUUUGCGAUCCUACUAUGUCUGAAACACAUCCAUCUCUAUCUUGCGCUGGCGUGGUUUGUGUAUCUGUUGCGGGCCUACUGUCUUGACCCUAAAUCGGUUCUCCGGCCCCGAUUCCGGAACGCUUUCAAGCUUGGGUUGGGUGUGUUGGGCGUGUUUGGUUUGGCCUUCGGACCAUUUGCCCACUGGAAUCAGCUACUCCAGCUGAAGGACAGGCUUUUCCCGUUCUCCAGGGGUCUAUGCCAUGCUUAUUGGGCACCUAACAUCUGGGCUAUGUACUCGUUUACGGACCGUCUUCUGAUUCAACUCGCACCACGCUUAGGCCUUCCCGUUAACGAGGCUGCGCUUACCAGUGUCACACGUGGAUUGGUUGGCAAUACUUCGUUUGCCAUCCUUCCGGAGGUUACCAAAGAGCACACGUUUGCGUUGACUUUUAUCUUCCAGGUGCUUCCGUUGAUUAAGCUAUGGUUCAAUCCCACCUGGGAUACUUUUGUGGGCGCUGUCACUCUCUGCGGAUAUGCCUCGUUCCUGUUUGGUUGGCACGUCCACGAGAAGGCUGUCCUCUUGAUCAUCAUCCCAUUCAGCUUGAUUGCUCUCAAAGACCGACGAUACUUUAGCGCUUUCCGUCCCCUUGCGGUCGCAGGACAUGUAUCGCUAUUCCCACUAUUAUUCACAGCCGCGGAAUUCCCCAUCAAGACCGUCUACACGAUUUUCUGGCUGAUGCUGUUCCUGUUCGUCUUCGACCGGGUUGCACCCGUCGCGGAGCAACAGCGGAUCUUUAUCUUCGACCGCUUAUCCCUGCUGUAUCUGACAGUGGCCAUCCCACUGAUCUUGUACUGCUCACUGCUGCAUCAGCUGAUCUUUGGACUGGGGCGGUACGAAUUUCUGCCGCUCAUGUUCAUGAGCAGUUACUCGGCGAUGGGUGUCGUCGGUAGCUGGGUUGGAUUUAUGGUGGUUUAUUUUGCAGCAUGAUCUUGAGCUCUUUAAAAAUAUAUAUUAUUUCUUCUUUCCAACUGUUUAGGCAAUGAUGUAAUGUAUCACGGCGAUGUUUAACGCGUUUGUCUGGCGGCCCACGUGCCUCGGAGCCCGGACCCACCAUAUCCGUGGAAGUCUAUUAGCCGCCAGACCCAAACAGGCUAGACCCGCCUUUUCCAUGGUUCACCAGCAACGGUUCAGGUAUUGUGAGCGUAGUUGUUUUGUUUUAUACAAAGUACUUAUUUAGUUGCUGUUUUUGUUGCCACUGUACUAUUCUAUUUAGUUGUUUGUUUUUGCUGCGAGACGCU